AUGUCCGCCGUGACGCCACGCUUCUGGGCUGCGCCCAUCCGAUACUGCCGCUGGGCAGCCCGCGAGCGCCCUGCCUACUUCUGGUCCGUCAUCGUCGGAGCCGCCGGUCCCGUCGUCCUGGCCACCGUCCCGCCCUUCAGGAAAAUGAUCGGAGACGAGGAUGCGCCGCCCGUCCCGCUGACCUACCCUGUCCCGACCACGCCGAGGAAGAAGCUCACCGGCUAUGAUGACUGA